GCCAACGGGGAGGUGCGUCUGAGCCAUGGCUGCUGCCAGCCCCAGGGACCCGGAGUCCGAGCCAAACGCCGCUGGGCUACUGCUAGGUCACUUCGUAGCUUCGGGGGUGGUCACUCAGGAGAUGUUAAACAUAUCUAAGAAAACAGCUUCUUGUUUUGUAAACUUCUCCAGGCUACAGCAGAUCACAAAUACUCAAGCUGAAAUCUACCAGAAAAACCUGGAAAUUGAACUGCUGAAACUAGAAAAGGAUACAGCAGAUGUUGUUCGUCCUUUCUUUUUGGCUCAGAAGUGUCAUUCUCUGCAAAGCAUGAAUAAUCAUUUGGAAACGGUGCUAAAAGAGAAGCGGUCCCUCAGGCAAAGACUGUUGAAACCCAUGUGCCAGGAAAACUUACCUAUUGAAGCUGUAUAUCACAGAUAUAUAGUACAUUUGCUGGAGAUGGCUGUAACUUUCAUUGAAAGAUUAGAAACUCAUCUUGAAACAAUUAGAAAUAUCCCUCAUUUAGAUACAAAUCUAAAGAAAAUGAGCAAAGCUUUAGCAGAGAUGGAUAUUUUGGUGACUGAGACAGAAGAAUUGGCAGAGAAUAUACUUAAGUGGCGAGAACAACAAAAGGAAGUUUCCUCUUCUAUCCCCAAAAUAUUAGCUGAAGAAAAUUCUCUUAAAAAACAUGACAUAAUAAUGCCUCCUCUACCUUUUGCUUCUAAAGUUCAUGUCCAAACUGUUAAUGCUAAGUGAUCAUCAGCUUUAUUUCUGCUUAAUUAUAUGUAGUCAAAUGAAGUUCAUUUCUAGUCAAUUAUUAUGGGUAUUUAUAGGCUUUUGUUUUUCAUAUAUUUUCAUUCCACUUUUCAGUAAAACUAGUGAAGAUCAAAUACAGCCAUGACAAUUUAUUAAAACAUAAGUGAAUUAACCAUUUCUCAGGCAACAAAUUCUCUAAUAUAUCCUUUUUUAAAAUGCAUGAUUCUGAAUUAGAAGAGUCUUCUUUUUUUUUUUUUUUAAAAAAAAAAAGAUGACCGGUAAGGGGAUCUUAACCAUUGGCUUGGUGUUGUCAGCACCACGCUCAGCCAGUGAGCGAACUGGCCAUCCCUAUAUGGGAUCUGAACCCGUGGCCUUGGUGUUAUCAGCACCAUACUCUCCCGAGUGAGCCAUGGGCCAGCCCUUAGAAGAGUCUUCUUGAAUCAGAAAAUAUCUAUGAUGAUUAUUCCUGUGGGAUUGUCACCAAGUAUGCAGAAAAGACUAACAUAACAGGCCUGACUUAUCCUUUGAAAAGUCUGCUUAUGAGAUUGGUCCUUGGCUGGCACAUCUGGGAACUUAAUUUUGGGAGGUGUCUUAGUCCAUUUUCUGCUGCUGUAACUGAACACCACAGAUUGGGUAAUUUAUAAAGAAACGAAGUUUAUUUGGCUCACAGUUCUGAAUGCUUGGAAGUCCCAAGAGCAUGGUGCUGGCAUCUGGUGAGGGUCAUACCAUGGUGGAAGGCAUCACAUCGUGAGUGAAAGCAUGUGUGUGAGAGAGAAAUGUGGCUGAAGUUAUCCUUUUAUCAGGAUCCCGCUCCAGAGAUAACUAACCCACUCCCAUGAUAACAGUAUUAAUCCAUUUAUGAGAGUAGAACCAUAUGAACUUUGGGGGACAUAAUUAGACCAUGGCAGGAGGGUUCCCUCCACUCUCACUGGUAAGACUAAGCUGUUUGUACAGUGUACUUUAUGCUGAAUCCCCGCUUUCCUUCUGGGAGUCUAGAAGUUUGGUACAUGCUAGGUAGAAGGUACCUAUGUGACCAGCCUCCAGUAAAAACCCUGAACACUGCAUCUCUGACAAGCUUCUCUGGUAGACAAGAUUUCACACAUAUUGUCACAGUUUGGUGGCUGGGGGAAUGAAGCACAUCCUGUGUGAUUCCACUGGCAGAAGACUGGAAGCUUGUGCCUGGUUUUUCUCAGGCUUUGCUCCAUGCACCUUUUCCCUUUACUAUUUUGCUUUGUAUGCUUUUGCUAUAAUGAAUGAUAACUGUGAGCAUGAUGAUAUGCUGAGUCCUGUGAAUCCUCUUAGCAAAUCAUUGAACCUGGGGGUAGUUUUGGGGACCCUGACACACUAAGCAAUUCCUGAGAAGCCUUAGGAAUAUAUAAAGAAGAAAGGUAGAGCAAAACAUAGAAAAAGGCACAUUGUGGUAAAACUUUAGAGGUUUACCUUGCAAAAUGCUCACAUAUUUUAUCUAUCUGAGAUUAUUAUCUGUAAAAUAGGGAAUGGAAUACUGAUACUAAAAACUACCUCUGGAUGUACUCAUUUGUAUGAGUAGUAUACCCUUGGCUUGCUUUAUUUUCAGACUUAGGGUUCUGUUUUGCUUUAAAAUAUGUGCAUCAGUUUUUUUACUGAUCAGUUUUUUAUACUGUUACAUUCUCUGCAUCACAGAGGUUCACCAAAUCUUGUAUUCAUCACAGUCUUAACACAAGAAGAAUUCAACAGUGAUUAGUAAAGUAGUUGUUUAUAAGGAAGCAGUAUUAUCACUGAAAAAAAAAUAGCCUGCUAAAAUUCAUGUUUUGAAGCCUACUUUGCUGGCUUUUGCAAAAGGUAUAUAGAAGACUGGUUGUAAUAUCUUGAACAUUACCUAGACACUUAAGCAAAGCCCUAAAGUUGUAUUUCAUCAGAUAUCUGUUCAUGCCCAGCUUUGGUUUCAAAAUAUGCUACUAUACUUUUUCUUCAUGUCAUUUUCAAUAUUAGUUUAUA